GUUGAAGGUUGAGCCCUGCUGUUAAUGGGGCAGUGUCUUUAAAGAAGCGGAGGAGCGCGUGUGGACGUCUGUGAUCAUUGUACCGCCGUGAAUACAAGUUUCCGCCCACAAGAAAGAUGGCGGCUCCCUUGCUGGAGAAACUAUCGGAGUCCCUGGGAUCCCCGGAGCCAGCGGUUCGAUUGAUUUUAUCAAUUUUAAUCGGGUAUCCCUUUGCACUGGUGUAUCGGCGGUUCUUGUUUUACCAGCCUGCCACAGUUAUCCACUGGUUCCACACAUUGUCUGGAUUGGCUCUAGCAGCAUUCAACUUUGCAGGCUCUCAGCUCUAUCACUCCGCAGUAUGCAUCUUAGUCCAGUUCUUGAUGCUGAGACUCAUGGGAAGGACGGUAACAGCUGUCCUGAGCAGUUUUACCUUUCAAAUGCUGUACCUGCUGGCAGGAUAUUACUACACAGCGACAGAGGAGUAUGACAUCAAGUGGACCAUGCCUCAUUGUGUCCUCACACUUAAACUUAUUGGUUUGUCAUUUGAUUACUAUGACGGCGGGAAGGAACCAUCUCAGCUGAGUUCAGAGCAAAAGAGUGGUGCCCUGCCAUCAGUGCCCUCACUGCUUGAAGUGCUAGGCUUUUCCUACUUUUAUGGAGGCUUCCUGGUGGGUCCCCAGUUUACAUUGCGAAGCUACCAGAAGCUGGUGGCAGGGGAGCUCACCGACUGCCCUGGAAAGCCUCCCAACAGUGUUAUUCCAGCUAUGGAGAGGUUUGCUGUGGGUUUUCUUUGCCUGGUGAUUUAUGCAAUAUUUAGUCCCUCAUACCCUGACAGCUACUACUUAACAGAUGAGUAUGAGGCUCAGCCAUUCUGGUAUCGCUGUGUGUUUAUUCUGCUUUGGGGCAAAGUUAUUUUGUAUAAAUAUGUCAGCUGUUGGGUUAUAGCGGAGGGUGUAUGUAUAUUAACUGGACUCGGUUAUAAUGGAGUAGUGGAUGGUAAGCCCCAAUGGGACGCUUGUGCCAACAUGAAGGUGUGGCUCUUUGAGACUACCCCACUUUUUGGAGGAACCAUUUCUUCUUUCAACAUUAACACGAAUGCCUGGGCAGCCAGACAUGUAUUCAAGCGGUUGAAGUUCCUGGGCAAUAAGACUUUAUCUCAUGUGACCACGCUGCUCUUUUUGACAAUUUGGCACGGCCUUCAUUCCGGAUACGUCUUAUGCUUCUCCAUGGAGUUUUUGAUCAUCACUGUGGAGAGACAGGCCCUGACAAUAGUGCGGGAUAGUCCCCUGCUGACAAACUUGGCCAACAGCUGGCUUUACCCCCUCAUCUAUGUAGUCCAGCAGUUUCUCCACUGGCUUUUCAUGGGUUAUCCUCUUGUGCCAUUCUGCCUCUUCACCUACGACAAGUGGCUCAAGGUGUAUUACUCGGUCUAUUUCUGUGGCCAUGUGUUCUUCAUCACAGCUUAUUUAAUUAUGCCAUACCUUCGUAAGGCACUGGUGCCCAAAAAAGAGCGGCGUGAUAAAAAGCAGGAGUAAAAGCUUGUUUAAAGCAGGUCCAUAUGAGGCUGAAUAUCCUCUGAAGGGAACUGUGACUUUCAAGGAGCAGAAUGGAAAAUAUUUUAAGGCCUUUAGUAAUGUGAUAUAUAUAUAUAUAUAUAUAUACAUAUAUAUAUAUAAAUAAUAGUCUAUGUAAAAAUAAAUUUCCAUAUAUAUAUAUAUAUAUAUUUUUGUGUUUCUAAGUGGGAGGGGUGUUUUUAUAAACAUUUUGGAAAAUGUUUACGGGAAAUUACCAUUGUGCCACAUGCGGUAAUUGUGAGCCAAUCAGCGGCAAUUUCCUGUUUCUUUUCUUUUUCUCUCUCUUUUCUUUCUUUCUCUCUCUCUGUCUCUCUUUCUCUCUCUCUCUGUCUCUCUGUAUUUUUUUUUAUUUAAAGACAUUUGGGACUUGUGAAACUUGAGAGACUCUACAGGCUGUGGACAUUGAAUAGCACUCAUGAGUCACAGGUUCAGAGUCUGUUUUUGGCUCCAGUGUGUUUUGUUUCAUUGUUCUUGUCCCACGUCUAGCACUCAUUUAGCUGCAGCACUAAGCCUGAACAGAAGGUUAAAACACAGCGUUGACAUGUAUAACUCUUCCUAAUGUAAAAAUGUAACAUGCAUACAGCUCUCUGCAGAAAGAGUUAGAUCAUGAGAUAUCGAGGCUGCUAGUGGUUAUACAAGCACUGUCUAUUGCACACUGUACACUAACAUCCAACUCAAAAUGGCCUUGUAUCAGUGAAUGUUUUUUUAUACCAUUCAUUUGGUCUAGAUUUGAUUUGUGAUAAAAGAAAAAAAAAAAAAAAAAGACUUGAUUUUUUUAUAGUUUUAACAACUUUUAUGAAUAAGAACAUUUUGUAGGUUUGGAUAAGAUUUUGUGAAACGAGUUGCAGUGUUCUCCUGCCUUUUCUGAAUUAUGUUUUUUGGUUUAAUUUACCACAUCCUCAUCUCUUUUUCCUCUUUUAAGUCUGUGCCACUCCUCUGUGCGUCUGCCUUGAUUCAAGCCCAGCCCUCACACUGAAAUAUACAGAUGUGAAAGUGAAUCAGUCAUUUUGGUACCUCUUAUAUCACUCUGAUGUCCAUGAGUAAGGGCAGAUGGCUGUUUUGUUUUGUUUUUCUUUUGUUUGUUUGCUUUUUUUGGGGGGGGGGGGGGGUAAAUUUGAGGAGUUGUCUCAUUCUGAACAUAAAGUAAGACAAAAACUGUUUUUUGCUUAAACUAUGGCCUGCUCAUGUUUCCAACAGCAGGUGAUACUAAUAGAGUGAAGUACACACAUCCCAUCCUACUGUAGGAAAGUCUUUUGUUUUGUUUGUUUUUUUUUUUUUGUUGUUUGUUUUUUUUUUUUUUUUAUUUUCAUCUUCAGUGGGUGGAGGUGGAAUAAAUAACCCUUACCUGCUGGAGGACUCCUCGGCUCUGCUGCUGCUGCUGCCACCGUCCUUUCACACAGACGGAGAGGACAAACCUCACUGUAGCAACGGCCCAGAUUUCAGUAAUAUUUAUACAUGGCAUGUUGAUUAUUAAUUGAUGAAUUUCUAUUUCAAGAGACUACUUUUUGCCUUACCCUUCGUAAGUAAAUAAAGAAAAUUGGGAUGUGGGUGGUGGGGGAUGAUUUUUCCUAUACAAUUUUGUAAUGUUCAUUAAAAGUGAUGCAUUUGAAACAAAAACU